UUUGAGACAUUUUAUGCAUUUUUAGCCAUAUACUGGUUGAGUUUAGGCAUUUCUUCAGUUGUCCAGAUAUUUCCUAAUGGGCUGUUAGUUGGUUCAUGUUUAGUCAACAAUGAUCUUCUUGUAUCUCUGCUCCCUAGUGUUUUGUCUCUCCCACUCAAUUCCUAUGGUCUUUAGCCUUUCAGUUCUUCACAGAAUUUCUCAGUACUGUUUAUUGUAGUCUGGGGAAUUGGAGUCUCUUUCCAAAAACCCCUCCUGUAACUGUCCCAAAGAUAGGGAAAAGCAGGGAGCAAUAACACAUGGGUUGCACAUUGUACAUAUUUCUUCUUUGAGCUAUUUGUGACUGUGUGCUUAAGGAUGGACAAAGGAGCCAAGGAGUUGUUUGUGUCCACUUUCCGACUGGCCUUAAAACCUAGAGUUGGAUUUUUCAGUUCGGAUAAAGCCAAAGAGAAUGGCGUGGAGGCAGAGAACAAAACAGGGAAGCAUGGAUCUGCACCAGCUCUCAAAGUAGAAGCCCCAGAGUUCAAAGAGUCGCUGCAGGACUGUGUUGUGUGUGAAGGAACUGAUGCCACUUUUCAAGCAGUUAUCUCAGGAAGUGCUCCUCUGACGGUUUCCUGGACGCACAAUGGCAGAAAGUUCCAUUCACAUAAGACUUCCUUCCACAAUGGGGUCGCGACUCUGCCUUUAUACAGCUGUUCCUUUGCGGAUGCUGGUUCAUACACAUGUACAGUUGAAAACACAGCAGGGAGACAAACUAGUAGUGCUGCCUUAUACGUAACAGCAUUAAGGGAAAUCCACUCAGGAAGGAACCAUGAGGUGAAGAGUGAGGUCAUGAGCAAAGUGGAGGCUACCAGAAAUAGUCAACAAACAAAAGACGAAAGAAAGCACAAAGUGGAACAGCCAAAAGAUCCUCCAGUUGAAUUUGUGAACGCUCCGGAUAAAGUGGAGGUACGCAUUGGUGAGAAAGCCAGACUACACUGUGAAUUCAAGAGUGUUUCGGUCCCUGUGGCCUGCUGCUGGGUCUACAACAAGGAAAAGGUGGUGUUGGGAGGGACGAGGAUCUCUUUUCGGAGUAGUGAAUCACAAAGCAGUGUGGAGAUCUCUCAGGCUUGUCCAGAAGACCAGGGCUGCUACACUGUUGUUGUACGGAACCGACAGGGUUUUGCACACCACAGUGUAACUCUUAGUGUUAUUGACCGGCCAGACCCUCCUGCCUCCCAUCCCGUUGUAUCAAAGCUGACUUCAAACUCUCUGGUGCUGUGCUGGACCGGCCCGAGCUACGACGGCGGCACGGCUGUUCUGGGAUACAUCGUGGAAUUCCGAGAGGAGAAGUCCGAGAGUUGGACCGAAGUGACCGCAGACUGUAAAAACACAUGUUAUAAGGUCAAAUCCGGAUUGGAGCCACAAGGACAGUACCGCUUCAGAGUCCGCGCAUUUAACUCUAUAGGGGUCAGUGUACCCAGCCAACAGUCACACUGCAUCACCAUGGCAACUGAGAAAAAGAAAGAGGAAGCACCAAAAUAUGUAGAUGUCACUGUCGACACAAAAAACAAAGUGAAGGAUCAUUACGAUGUCCAUGAGAAACUAGGAGUGUAA